AUGGAUACAUAUAAUAGUUUUAAUAGUAAGGUUGACAGUUAUAAUUUCAAUGAAAAAAAUGAAAAAAAAUAUAAGUUAACCAGAAAAAAUUGUUAUAUAAUAACAUGUUUUAUUAUAUAUAUAUUUUUUUUAUCAACCAUAAAUAAUUUAUAUAAAUAUUUACACCUAAAAAUCUCACACUGUAUUCUAACAUUCUCCAACAUUUUAUAUUUCAUUUCUUUUUAUUCAUUAAAUAUUCAAGUUGAGUUAUUAAUAGGGGUAAAAGAUGGAAUUUUACCAGUAGAUAAGUAUCUAAAAGAGAUUAAAAAAAAACUAAAAAGUAUUGAUUUUUUUUUAGUUCACCAAUUAAUUUAUUUUGUUUAUAAAUUUUGGAAAUAUAUCAUAAUAAAUAAUAUAAAAGUGCAUUAUAUUUGUAAAAUUGGGAUAUUUUUAUCAAUUUUAAACUUUUUAAUUCAAACAAAUAUACAAAAUGAUAUUUUUAGAAUAUUUUUAUCUUUUUAUCUAUUUGUCUUAUUAUUUUUUUUCCAUCUGUGUUUUAAAAUUGUAAUGCGAGAUUUUAUGAUAUUUCAAUGUGAUUUAUUAAUGAAUGAAUUUGGAUUUAUUUUAAUAUUUUUAAAUUUAAGUGAUAGUUAUUAUUUAAGAUAUUCGAAUACAUUAAUAAUAUGUGUUCUUAGAUUAAUUGCAUUUAAAAUUAUAUUUAAUUCAGCUGUUCAUAAAUUUGUUUAUAAUAGUACUCAAUGGUUACAUUUAGAGGCUUUUCAAAAUUUAUUCUCAUCUCAGCCAAUUCCUUCAGCAUUAUCACAUAUAGCUAAUUGUAAAUCUAACAAAAAAUUAAUUUGCUUGUUAAUUAUUAUUUCCGAGUUCUUAUUUUCUUGGUUUUUAUUUGGCUCUUCAAAUUUGAGAAUAUUUUUUUUUAUUAUUUUUAUUUCAAUUCAUUUAACUUGCUAUAUUAUAUGCAAUUAUUUUUUUUUUUCAUAUAUUUGUCUAAUUUUAUUUUUUUCGUCUUUUGAUGAUUCCUUUUUUAACUUAUUUUCAAAUUCAAGAGAUGUUCCAACUCUCUAUAAAUUUAACGUUUUUGUCAACAUUCUGAUAUUUUCAUUAGUUUGCUUAAUUACCAUAAUAAUUUUCCUAUUUUAUAUGUUUAUAGUGUUUAUAAAUUUUGUUCCUUUCUUUGAGAAGUGGGAUAUUCAUAAUCUAAAAUGUUUUCAUUUUUUUUAUUAUAUUUAUUAUAAAAUUUCUCCUAUAAACAUUUGUAAUUCAUAUGCUAUGCUGAUUUAUAAUAAUAAUAAUAGAAAAGAAAUUGUUAUAGAAGAGUUACAUAAAAUAGAAGAAUUUUAUGAAUGGAAAGAAAUUUAUUUUAAAUAUAAACCAAGUGAUAUAAACAGAAUAGGUGGUAGUUUAUGGUGGGGUCAUAUACCAAGAUUAGAAUGGAAAUUAUUUUUUUUUUCAAAUCAAUAUAAAAAAGAUAGCUUAAGGAGAAAACUAUAUCCAAUUUAUAUAUGUUCUUUUUUAAAAAAAUUGUGUUAUAGAGACAAGAUAUUAAUAUCUAUGUUCAAUAAAAUUAUGGAUAAGCAAAUGAAUGAAAUUCCUGUUUUUAUUAGAAUAAUUUUAUAUGAUUAUAAAAUGACCAAACAAGAAAUAAAAAACGAUUUAGAUAAAAAUGAUUCAAAAAUUAAAGAUGAAAUCAAAUGGGAAUUCGGAAAAUACUGGAUUAGAAGAAAAAUUAAUAUAAUAGAAACUUUAAAGUAUAAGAAAAAAAAUUUUUAA